CCCCCAAUCGGUCGAAGAUGGCGGAAAGAGCCGAAGGUGACGUCAGGCCGGCGAGGGCGGCGCGGCAACAAGAAGGAAGAGCAAUGGCGACCCUGGAACGCAAAGUGCCCAGUCCCGAGGCGUUCCUGGGCAAGCCCUGGUCCUGCUGGAUCGACGCCGCCAAAGUGCAGUGCCCGGACAGUACAGAAUCGGAAGACACUGGAAAAGAGGGUGGGAAGAACAGAGAGGUGAUGAGGCUUAAUAAAGAAGAUAUGCACUUGUUUGGCCACUGUCCAGCUCAUGAUGAAUUUUACCUAGUUGUGUGCAGUCACUGCAACCAGGUAGUCAAGCCACAAGCUUUCAAUGGGCACUGCGAAAGAAGACAUGGUUCUUCGUGUAAGGCGAGUCUCUCACCAGCUUCUUCGACCUCCAAUUUGACAACUUCACCCGUCCCAAUGAAAUCCAAAGCCUGCAGUAGUCAUACCACAAUUGGUAGCAACUGCAAGCCUUUCAAGUCACCAAAAGACAAUCUACAUACCUCCAAUAAUAAGCAGCAUCAGACAGUCUUUCCUUCCAAAGUAACAAGAGAUAAAUCAUGUGUUCCUGUCCCAAUUGUAAGCCUUGAGAAGAUCCCUAACCUCGUGAAAACAGAUGGUGCCAAUGUUAAAAUGAGUUCCACCUCUGCUACCAUCUCCACCACCUCUUCUGCCUCUUCAUCUUCCGCACCUUCCGCAAGUUUGGUUAAGUCCGGUUUGACGUCAACUACAUCAAAGUCUGUGCCACCCUCACCGGAGAAGAUUCUGAAUGGAAAAGCAACAGUACCUUCUGCAAUAGACAAGAAACAUCAGAAUGGUACCAAAAGCAGUAACAGGUCUCACAAAAGACUUUCUGAGAGGGAAUUUGAUCCUAACAGACACUGCGGAGUUACGGACCCUGAGACAAAGAAGCCAUGUACAAGGUCACUCACCUGCAAGACACAUUCUCUGAACCAUCGGAGAGCGGUGCCAGGUCGAAGGAAACAGUUUGACAUUCUUCUCGCUGAACACAAAGCUCGCUCAAGGGAGAAAGACACGGUGAAGGACAAGGAACACCCUCCGGUGUCGAAGGAAACACUUCAGAGCCAGUUACUUCCCACCCAGGAGCAGGUUACAGGAUCUUUAACAAACACUGGCUUGGACACUAAAGGUACAUCGCCAGCAAAAUCCAGACCAUCGAACGCUGUCCUUGCCAGAGUUUCAGCAACCAACAGCAUAAAUAAUGCGGGUACUGCAUCAAACAAUGCAACAGCAUUGGAAUUGCCAUUGUCCAUAAUUGGAGACUUAGCAAGCCGAAUGUCCAGUGACGAAGGAGAAGGGGAUGGCUCAGAGGAAACCGAGAAACUGGAUUGCCAUUAUUCUGGGCACCACCCCAGGCCACUCGGAUAUUGCACAUUUGGGAGCCGCCUGAUGGGUAGAGGGUUCUAUGUCUUUGACCGAAGAUGGAACCGUUUUCGACUGGCACUUAAUUCAAUGGUCGAAAAGCACCUAAAUUCGCAGAUGUGGAAGAAAAUUCCUCCUGCAGCAGACAGCCCGAUGCCAUCUCCUACAACUUUUUCCACUUCAGUGCUUCAGCCUCUGAGCAGCCCUUCUGCGGUUUAUCUUCCUUCGAGCUCAGCAAUUACUCCUUCUUACGUGAUGACAGCACCAAUGCUGUCCUCGGCAGGCUUUGUGACCGCCACGGACCCCAAUCCCAUCGUGUCAUACAACGCCACCUUCCCACAUGCAGCGACUGCGUUUAGUUUGAAGGAUUCUGCCUUCAAGGCCCCAUCGUUACUGUCGCCAGUACCCGCUGUUGUACCUUCCCCGUCGCUCAGUAAACCGCCGAAAACGAAAGGCAGCAGAUCGUCCAAAGUCAAGGACCUCCCUUCCCGCAGCGAUCGGGGCUCGUGUAACAAGAGGAAGAAACUGCCCCCACCUGUCUCCUCCCCAUUUCCAUCAACAUUACAGAGCUCAGCAACAACGUCGCCAUUUUUAGGGUCGCACAAGAGGAUCUGUAUACUGAACCUGGGCACUGCAUUGAACUCAUUUCCAGCCGCAUCCUCCUACAGCGCAAUGUCUGUGCACAAUACGAACAAUGGAACCAGUGCCAAAAUAGAUCCCUCAGGACGGACUACUUUGCCUGGCAGCUCGACGGACUCUAUUAAACACAUGAGCAUGGUGGUAAGCAGUAUUGACCCCACUCUCUCUGUUUCCUCCUUGGUGCACCACACAGGGGACCAUGCACUUGUAGCACAUAAUGCGAUGUCUUCGCUGCCGCUCACUUUUGACAAGUCGGAAGGCAAAAAGCGGAAAAACUCUAGUUCCAACAGUAAAUCCAGUAAAAUAACCAAAAUGCCUGGUAUGAACAGUGUUCACAAACGGAGUGCAGCCAACGUCAUGUCUUCAGUCUCGGAAGCUUCAAACAAUUCUGUCUCUCGCCAGAUUGGGAAAAGCGGCAGUACACUUUUAUCACAGUCCAGUCCAUCAACCACCACCAACUCCGCACAUGGUAACAGACAACCAAAAAUCCAGCAGUGAACACCAUUUUUUGCGGGAAAGUAGUUUUGAAAAGCUUCAGUCGUUGAAUGAGGCUCUGGUACUCGCCUUCGACUGCAUAAAAGGACUGCGCUGAUGAGACACAAACCUCUGCUCUGAAGACGUGAAGAAUGCCUCCAUCUCAGCCAAUACCUCCGAGCGGCCUUUUACCCCCCCCCCCUUCCUCCCCCCCUCCCCCAUUCUUCUAGCAAUGCUGGCUGAAUGAGAUGUGGUGAUUUACUGACCAGAGAGAUUCCUGUAUCACUUGUCCUUCUGGUGGUGGUCUCGGGGUGCCCAGUAACGCAAUACACCGGAUUCCAUAAAAGCCAGGAUAAUCAUGAUUAUCCCCUCCCCUUCGAAGAUAAUUAAUAUAAAUCAUGAUCUAAAUCAGUCUGACAUAUCCACAAAGAUAAAAUGUAUCAAAGCAUAUUUUUACCUGGAAUUUUUUUAAAUUCUCGACAAUUGGCAGAUUUUAUGGAAUCCAACGUGAUUACACUGAUUUGUAUUCCUAUAGUUUUUAUAUAAAUGAUAUAUGCUUUCAUUAAAACGUUGUUUUAGCAACAUGGUGGAUUUUCGCUGUGUUGGGGUAUUGAAGAAAACAAAAGUCUCAGAUUAGUUUUACCGGCUCUGAUGUUUUACAAUGGCAUUUAUAAUUCCAUUCCUGUGUAGACUCUUUCGCUACCAGAAAACAAACAAACAACUUUUCAAAUGCAAUUUUUCUUUGCCAAGGGAAAAUUUGUUUUUGCUAAUUGGCAAGAGUUGGAUAUUUGAGAGAACCUUUUUAAGCUGAAAGGCAAAUGACAGAAACUGGAUUGUCACCAGCUUUGUAUUAAAAGGUGUAAUGAAACAGCGGAGUUUUCUAGCAAGAUAAUGUAUUGAGUGAAGAUGCAGAGGGACGAGAGGGGAUAAGUGGAAAGGAGAAGCAUAGGAAGUGUUAAUGAUGUCUUAUUAUUCAGUGUUAAAAGUGCACUUAUUUUGUGACGGAUUCUUCCCAAUUAGAAAAGAACAGGCAGGGAUUAGAGUAAACAUGGAUUUUCCUCUAAUAAGAAUGGAUUUUUAUGGUUUUAAUAGUGGUAUAGUAAAAGUGAAAUCUGUUCUGUGUAAUAAACUAAAGCUGGUGUGCAGAGACUGUUAAAAUGAAGUUACAGCACAGAGAACUAUUUUUCUUAAGCUAAUCACCAUCCAUGCAGUUAAGAGGUUGUUCCUUUAAUUGUUAGUGUUAAUUUUCAUUAAUUUAUGAUUUAUCAUUUUAUUAAUGCUCUAACUGGCCAGGAUAGGUUCAGAAAUAGAAUUUAGGAAUGUCAAAAGUUGCGUGUUUAUAUAUUUUUUAAAUGAAUUUGGAUUGAAUUUUUGCUAUGUACAUUUUGUUAGACUGAAGAUUGUGUACAUAUCCGUUGUUAUUUUUGCACAAAUGUUUUGUCAUGAUUAGCUUAGGAGCUUUUAAGUAUUUUAAUUUUUUCUAAUUUAUUGUGGGUUGUUAUAAGACUACAGGGGGUGGGAAGUGAAUUCCCAGUAAUUAGAAUAAUUUUAUAUAUAAAUAUAUUAAAAAAUAAUGCUGAAGUCUGUCACAAAUACAAACUUUCCUUUUAAAACUGACUGUGCUUGUCAGGAACUGCUACUGGGUAGUGAGAUGCAAGGAGAAGUCCGUGACUGAAGGGGACGGUCUGGUAAUUAGAACAAGAGUCAAUAGUUGCCCACAUUGUGGGCCUUGGUAUUGUAUAUUGUACCAGUACAAAUCAUGGACACAAUGCAUAAACCUGUCAGCCAUAAAGAGACAGCAGAUUACUGUAUGCCUUCUUUUGUAUUGAUGUAACAAUUGUAUAUAAAGCUGAUCAAAAAUUUGUAGAAAAUAGUUUAUACAGCAUUAUUAUAUUAUUGCUGAAUCUCAGUGAAUUCUUGGGGAAAAAAGUUUUUCUAUUUACACCUUAUUUUUUUGUUACACUGUUGACCCAUGGCAUUCUGACAAAACUCUGUGGGUUUUGCAAUGCUGGUCAGUCAUGGGUGUGUUAAUACUGCUGUUGCACAGAUAAAACUUUGCACCUGCCUCAUUGUGCUUUCCUACUGCAGAUUUAAAUUCCACCCCCCCCCCCCCCCCCCCCCCAUUCCCCAUUUGAAGAUAUCAAAAGCAUGCAAAAAUCUUCAUCUGUGCCAUACCGUGACUGUUCUUUUCCUGUAAAAAAUGUUAUACACUACACAUUUUCAAUUUGCUUUGUGCAAUUUUCCAUCACCUACCCUCCAGCAGUACGAUUGUGUUCAUUCCAUGCCUCCCUUCAUCUUUGUGGUAUUGUUAACAGAAUGGUGUCUAGAAUAGCUGUAAAUAGUUAAUUCAAUGGCGUAUAAAUUGAACAAACUUUGUUUCUGAAUGACACUGCCAUAGUUCCACCCCCAGGUUGGAGAUAUUCUCUAGUGAGGGAUGUUUUUUUUGUUUCGUUUUGUAACAGGCUUUGUAAAUAAAAAAAUAAUUUAUAUGUUUCUAAGAAGUACACUUUCCUGCUGCAUCUUUACUACAAUUCAUGGACUUCCUUCAAUUGUUAGAAAAUUGAAUUUUGAAACCACGUGACUAAAAUGUUUUCUCAGCCAGCUAAGUGAAGAUCACAGUGGCACAGCAGUAGAGGGUGCGGUCUUACAGUCCAGAGACCCCGGUUCAAUCCUGACAAUGGGUGCUGUCUGUACGCAGUUUAUAUGUUCUCCCCGUGACCACGUGGGUUUUCUCCGGGUGCUCUGGUUUCCUACCACAUUCCAAAGACGUAGAGGUUUGUAGGUUAUUUGGCUUUGGUAAAAAUUGUAAAUUGUCCCUAGUGUGUAGGAUAGUGCUAGUGUACAGGCAUCGCUGUUCGGCACGGACUCAGAGUGCCGAAUGGUCUGUUUCCAUGAUGUAUCUCCAAACUAAACUAAACUAAAUCAAGUCAGCAACUGAAGAUGAUGACAUUUUGUUUUCAUUUUGUCUCAAUUCAUUGUUGCGGAAUUUGGAUGCAAAAUUUAAGGUUGGUCGCAUGUCGUAAUGCUAUUUUCAGGAGGUAACAUCCCAUGGUUGAGCCUCACUUCAUUCACAAGCCAGGCGUGUGUUCCCAAAUUUUCCCAGUAGUUCAUAAUCAAUGUUCAUAGGUGUGUUAGUGAUCAAUGUUUCAACAUUGAAAUCCUAGUUGGCUUACACAUAUUAGUGAACAGAGUUUGGAAUAAGAUUGAAAUUAAAAUUUGAGCAUAGCUCAUUUCAAUCUUACCAAAAAGCUAAUCGAGUUUUGGGGAGUCUCUCGCCCAGAGUAGGGGAAUCAAGAACUAGAGAACAUAGGUUUAAGGUGAGGGGGGGGGGAAGAUUUAAUAGGAAUCUGAAGGGUAAUCUUUUCAGGCAAAGGGUGAUAGGUGUAUGGAAUGAGCUGCCGGAGGAGGUGGUUGAGGCAGGUACAAUCGCAGCCUUUAAGAAACAUUUAGUCAGGUACAUGGAUAGGACAGGUUUAGAGGGAUAUGGGCCAAAUGCAGGCAGGUGGGACUAGUGUAGAUGGGACAUGUUGGCCGGUGUGGGCAAGUUGGGCUGAAAGGCCUGUUUCCACGCUGUAUGACUCUAUGACAAGUUGACAGCAUAACUUGUGUCUGUCAGCUCCACAACAAAAAGCAGGUAAUAAUCGUAAGCUUGUUGUGCCUUGACAUCUAGGGACUUCAACAAUCUCUCUUUAGCAAGAGGAAACUUCAGAUCAUUGUAAGACGUCUCCAUCCUUAUGUCAUUUGACAAUCGUAUCAUCUUAUUCUGAAUCCUUGUUGAUAUGCGUGCUGUGCUGUGCAUGGUUUGAUGCCAAACUUAGAUUGCUGGCCCGAAGUGACCAGGGUUUGGAAAUGGAGCUGAAACAGAAUCCUGAUGAUGGUGUCCGGAGAUUACGUGCCAGUGACGUUCGUUGGAGGUUAUAUUGAUUUCCACUUUGAAAGUUUUCUGGCCAGGUCUUUAAAAAUUUAAUGUAUAAUAUUUGUGCGGUUAACUCACUUGACAGUAUGUCACCUCCGAAGGGUCACAAGUGCAUUCCACUGCAAUAAACAGUGCUUUUUGCUGUAUUAUACAAGAGUGAAUCUCUCUCUCUCUCUCUCUCAAAUAAUUUAAUGGUCAUUCCAAACAAGCAGUAAUAAAAUGAUUCUUAGCUGUAUCAGCUUAUAAAAUAACUUUUUUACUCAAUCCUACCAUAUGAUUUUAAAUAUAUAUAAUACCCAAAUUGACUGUUUAUGUUUCUCUAAUGUACAGUUCCCUCCAUAAUGAUUGGGACAAAGACCCAUCAUUUAUUUAUUUGCCUCUGUACUCCACAAUUUGGGAAUUUUUAUAGAAAAGAUCACAUGUGGUUAAAGUGCACAUUGUCAGAUUUUAUUAAAGGCCAUUUUUAUACAUGUUGGUUUCACCAUGUAGAAAUUACAGCUGUGUUUAUACAUAGUCCCCCCCAUUUCUGGGCACCAUAAUGCUCGGGACACAUGGCUUCACAGGUGUUUAUAAUUACUCAGGUGUGUUUAAUUGCCUCCUUCAUGCAGGUAUAAGAGAGCUCUCAGCAGCCAGUCUUUCCAUCACCUUUGGAAACGUUUAUUGCUGUUUAUCAACGUGAGGACCAAAGUUGUGCCAAUGAAAGUCAAAGAAGCCAUUGUGAGACUGAGAAACAAGAAUAAAACUGUUAGAGACAUCAGCCAAACCUCAGCCUUACCAAAAUCGACAGUUUUGAACAUCAUU